GUCGUGGUCUAACAUAAGAUACACUGGUCGACCCCAACAACUUGUCAAUUUUAAUACUCCACAAUGACCGAAGUUCAAGAACCGGUCCGUACGACCGCGUACGAGCCGCAUGCUACUGAGAAGAUGAAGGCAGCCCUCUGGACCGGUAAAAAGUCGAUCCAAUUGGGCGUUGUACCCAAGCCCACCAUUACCGCGCCUAAAGAUGUCAUUGUACACAUCACGCAUUGCACCAUAUGCGGCUCAGAUUUGCACAUGUACGCCGGUGAUAUGGAUCAAGUGAUGGAAAAGGGCCUGAUUAUGGGUCAUGAAGCCAUCGGUAUUAUCGAAGAUGUUGGGCCUGAGGUCGAGAAGCUGAAAGCAGGGGACCGGGUCAUCAUCUUACCGGUCAUCGCUUGUGGCGAGUGCUUCUAUUGCGAGCGCAAAGAGUUUUCUCUGUGUGACCGGACCAAUCCAUCUCAAGAGAUGAGGCAGAUGUACGGACACCGGCUAUCAGGCAUCUUCGGCUAUUCCAUGGUCACCGGAGGAUAUCCUGGCAACCAAGCGGAAUACUGCCGCGUUCCAAACGGAGAUCUUGUCUGUGUCAAAACUCCGAAGGACACGCCCGCUGAACAGUUGCUCGGCCUUGCAGAUGUGACGCCUACUGCCUGGCACGGUUGUGAGCUCGCUGAAGUAGGUAAAGGUGAUGUUGUUGGCGUCUGGGGCUGUGGCGCGGUCGGUCUUUCGAUCCAGCGAUUGGCAAAGCUUCGUGGAGCCCGAAAAGUCUACGCGGUCGACAAAGACACCCAUCGCCUCAGCAUCGCGGCAUCCUUCGGCAUGAUUCCGGUUGAUGUGAAUGAACACCGCGACCCGGCAAAGUACAUUCUGUCCCGCGAACCACAUGGCCUAGAUCGCGGUAUCGAAGCAAGUGGUUUCAGAAGCACGAACUCGAUUGCUCACGCGACUAUGAAGUCGCUGGGCAUCGAGGGCGAUAGCUCGGACACUGUGAGUGCGGUGAUCAAAGCGACGCGGAAGGGAGGAAACAUCGCUCUGAUUGGCGACUUCUUUUAUUCAACAAACAAUUUCCCUAUCGGAAUGUUGAUGGAAAAGGCGAUCACCCUGCGAGGCGGACAGCUCUACGCUGAAAAGUACUUCCCAUUCCUUCUAGAUCUGGUUACUGAGGGCAAAUAUGAUCCUUCGUUCUUGUUUGGACACAAAGACAAAUUCGAAAAUGUCGCUCAAGCCUACGAGGAUUUCUAUAAUCAUCAGGUACCUGGAGGAUUGAAGGUUUGCCUUGAGACUGCUUUUGGUAAAUCCCAGAGUGACAAUUAGCAUUUCUCCAUAUAUAAUGCUAGACAUUUAUUUUUC